AAAUUAAUUUUGUCAUGAUGUCCAACUUGGCAAGGAAAAGUUCUGGUGUAGCAGGACAAAUAUCUGGUCAAGUUCAAAUUCAUAAAAUUGCUAGAAGAUAUAGCAGUAAUGCUGUAGAAAUAAACAAGCAAAGUAAAAUUAUCACUCAGCCAAAGUCACAGGGGGGUGCUCAAGCAAUGUGUUUAAAACCUGAGGAUAUGAGUAAAGCACAAGUUGGAAUUGCCAGCGUGUAA